UGAAACGGCCACUAGAUCGUCUGUCUUUUUUUUUAACAUAUAUGUCUGCUAAGGCCACGUGGUUUUAACGAGAGGAUCCUUAAACGUUAGGAGUCUAGCGCGGUGAUUUUUUUAUUCCCACAAUGACCUGGACAUCUGUACGGAUUCAUUCGUUAUAACGGACGGAGGAUGACAAAGACAAUAGGAUGCAGAGACUGGAGAUGGCAGGCGCUUUGGUGGUUUUACUUCUUUCGUCUUUGGAGCACAGUAGCGGGACAGACUCGGUACAGCAUCCCGGAGGAACUGAAACAGGGAUCCGUGGUGGGAAACCUGGCGAAAGAUCUUGGUUUAGGACUGUCGGAUAUAUUUGAUCGUCAGUUGCGUGUCGCAUCCGAUGCCGGGGAGCAGUACUUCAGCGUGGACGUGGGGAAGGGAGAGCUGCUGGUGAAUGACAGGAUCGACAGAGAGGCUCUGUGCGGACAAAGCAGCAGCUGCGUCCUUCCUCUGCAAGUGGUGAUGGAAAAUCCUCUGCAAUCCCAACGAAUCGAGGUGGAAAUAAGAGAUAUUAAUGAUAACUCGCCUCGGUUUCACACGCAGGAAAUUAAACUGAAUAUUCCAGAGUCGGUCGCGGUGGGGAAACGUUUUUUACUGGAAAGCGCGGAAGAUCCCGAUGUCGGAAUUAAUUCGUUAAAAACGUAUUCUGUGAGUAAAAACGACUAUUUUUCUAUAAAAUAUAAAGACACAAAAAACGGCAACUCUGUCCCUGAAUUAGUGCUAGAAAGGGGUCUGGAUCGAGAAAAACAAAUUACACAUCGGCUGAUUUUCACGGCCCUCGAUGGAGGUAAUCCUCCCAAAUCCGGAACCUGUGAAAUCACAAUUACAGUCACUGAUAUUAACGAUAAUUUCCCAGUGUUUACAGAAAACCUCUAUAAGGUUGCACUGAAAGAGAACAGCACCAGGGGGACUCCGGUGAUCAAAGUAGCGGCCACGGACGCGGACGACGGCCUGAAUGGUGAAGUCGUAUAUUCGUUUGCCUCCCGCACUCCGACAGCUUUGCUCACAAAAUUCGGCAUUAAUCCUGAAACGGGGGAAAUCGUGUUGAAAGGCGACUUAGAUUAUGAAUCAGCAACGACAUACGCGAUUGAUGUAACUGCCAAAGACAGAGGCGUCCCCGAAAUGGAGAGUCACUGUCGAGUCCAGCUCGACGUGGAAGACAUAAAUGACAACGCUCCUGAGAUCAUGCUCACCUCCAAACCCAAUCCGGUUCGGGAAGACGCGCCGAGUGGAACCGUGGUGGCUCUGAUCAGUGCGCGCGACCUGGAUUCGGCUGACAACGGGAAAGUUUCGUUGCAUGUUCCUGAACGGUCGCCGUUUGCUUUGAAACCGUCCUUCUCGAAAAACUAUGAGCUAGUUACAAGCGCUCGACUGGACCGCGAGAAGCAUUCCGAAUAUAAUGUCGAGAUCACCGCGACCGACUCUGGUUCUCCUCCUCUGUCCACUAAGAAAGUGGUCACCGUCAGAGUUGAUGACGUGAAUGACAACCCCCCUGUGUUCUCUCAGUCCUCUUAUAACGUCUAUUUGAAAGAGAACGGAGUAGCAGGAUCUAUCCUCUUCUCAGUCUCUGCUUCUGACCUGGACUCUGGUGAGAACGCUAAAAUCUCUUACUCCAUUCUGGACUCCAAGGUUCAGGAGGUGUCAGUCUCAUCUUAUGUUUACAUCAACUCAGAUAACGGCAGCAUCUACAGCAUGCACUCGUUUGACUAUGAGAAGCUGAAGGUGUUUGAGAUUCAGGUCCAGGCAAAGGAUCAGGGCUCUCCGUCUCUCAGCAGCAACACCACCGUCCAUGUGUUCAUCCUGGACCAGAACGACAACGCCCCCUCUGUCAUUUACCCGUCCUCUGCUGCCCUGGGCUCCCUCUCUCAUCAGAGGAUGCCCCGCUCCGCUAAAGCCGGUCACCUGGUUACCAAGGUGACGGCCGUGGAUGCCGACUCGGGUCAUAACGCCUGGAUCUCCUACAAAGUGGCGGAGGCCACGGACGCCUCUCUGUUCACGGUCAACCAGUACACAGGGGAGGUGAGGACUAAACGCUCCGUGUCCGAGCACGACGACUCCUCUCAGAGACUCCUCAUAGAGAUCAGAGACGAUGGGGAACCGGUCCAGUCCGCCACCGUCACCGUGUCCAUCCUGCUGGAGGACGGGCUCCAUGAGCCCAUCUUGGACCUGAGACACAAAGUGUCCGAGCCCAGCAAGAAGAGCGACAGACUGGCCCUGUAUCUGAUCCUGUCUCUGGCCUCGGUGUCCGUGCUGUCGCUGGUGACUUUCCUCAUCUUAGCGGUCAAAUGCAUGAGGAGCAGCAGAAGCAGCGGCGCUUGCUGCAUGAGACGCUCAGACUGUGAGGAUUACAAGAACCCCAACAGAAACCUGCAGAUCCAGCUCAACACUGAUGGACCUAUCAAGUACGUGGAGGUCCUGGGAGGAGACAUGAUGUCUCAGAGUCAGUCCUUCAGGUCCUGCAUGUCUCCCAUGUCUGAGUACAGUGAUUUCACACUGAUCAAACCCAGCAGCACCACUGACUUUAAGGAGGUGAUCAGUGUCCUGGAUGCUUCUUUACCGGACAGCACCUGGACCUUUGAGAGCCAGCAGGUGAGCAGACUUUCCCUCAGUAAUGAACAUUAUUUAACUCCCAGCUAAUGCUGGAGUUGACUU